AUGAGUUUCUUGAUAGAUAAAUCUUCCACAAAAUCUGUUGUUGGGUUGAUGAUGUCCAACUCAAAUGACUUCAUUUGGAUCAGCUUGGGUUUGUCGAAGACUGAACAUCUCGUCUCAAUUCAAAGCUCACUCUUCACGGAGACGUCAGAGGACCCUAAAAUUUCAUCUGACUGGCUGGAAGGUAUUUCAGAAUAUGAUGAUCAUUUCCACAUCUUCACGAGUGGAACUACUGGAAAAUCCAAAGCAGCGCGCUUCAACCAUCGACGUUUUAUUGGAGCGGGGAGUGACUUGGCAGAGACACAUGGAAUUAAAACCGUAAGACAUUCUGGAUUUCAUGAAUUCAAUUCUUUGUCUGGUAGUGAAGAUAUUUAUUAUCAAACUCUGCCUCUUUUUCAUGGAAAUGGUGCGUUUCUUGGAUUUGAAGAAUGUCCAUUCGUUCGUCCUAUCAGGGGGAGUGGUGGCACUUUCCACUUCUUGGAGAGUGAAGAAAGGGAUCAUUCCCUCCGUGUCGUCUGUGGGAACGGGCUUCGUCCUGAAUUGUGGCGUGAAAUUCAGUCACGUUUCGGGAUUCAGUUGAUCGUUGAGCAUUAUGGCCAAACUGAAAUGCCUUCUGCUCAUCCGAUGAUUAACUCGUACGGAAAAGUUGGAUCAUGCGGAUACAUUCCACCUCUAAUCGCUGGAAGUUUAGGAACUGAGAAGCUGAUUGAAUUUGAUGCAAAUUUAAACGAACCAGUUCGCGUCAUGAAGAGUUUAACUGGAUUAAACGGACAAAUAAUUGAAUUUGCGUCGUGCGUUGAAGCUAAAGUAAACGAUGAUGGAAGCCAAAUAGGUGAAGCGAUUGUAAAGCUUCGAGAGCCUUAUACAAGUUUAGAAGACACUGAAAGAGUUCUUUAUAAAGAUGUCUUCGAACCCGCCGAUAUUUGGUAUCAUUCGAGCGAUUUAUUGAGAAGGGAUUCUGAUGGAUUUCAUUUUUUUGUGGACCGAAUUGGCGAUACGUUUAGAUGGAAGGGAAAUAACGUUUCUACAAAUGAGGUCGCAGAUAUCUUGUCCCAAUGUCCCAAUAUUGUGGAAGCAAAUGUUUAUGGAGUCCCAAUCCCUCUUGAGAUUUAUUCGGGGAAGAUCGGAAUGGCAUCAAUUCUACUAAAGACUGAAGAGAAACUCGAAAACACUCUCCAACAAAUAUUCGUUACAUUACGAUCGUCUCUUCCAGAAUAUGCGCGUCCCAAAUUUCUGCGACUUCGAUCUUGCGAGAAUUUCAAAACUGCCACUCUUAAAUUUCAAAAGGUUGAAUUAAUGAAACAGGGUUUCAAUCCAACAAUCAUUGCAACUCAUUCCCCUAAUGACUCGAUAUGGAUUGAAGAUACAGAAGGUUACAAGAUGAUGACACCAAGUAUUUUUGAAUCUAUUUGUUCUGGUUCAAUGAUUUUGUAG